GGUGGGAGGGAGGGAGGGAGGGAAGUGGGUGGAGGUGUGGUUGUAAGUGUUUGUACGUUCCUUGGCGGCGAGGGCUGAGUCUGACAUUUGGAACGUAGGGAGCAGAAGGAAUUGGGCUUCAACAGAAAGGCUACCAUCAAAAAUCAUCAUGUUGGUUCUUCUAGCCGGAAUCUUCCUCCUUCACCUCACCAGCAUCAUCCUCCUCCUAGUGGCAACUAUAGACAAUGCCUGGUGGAUGACAAAAACCGUGUCCACUGAUGUGUGGGCCAGGUGGAUACUGACCAAUGGAACCUGGAGCUCCAACGAUCUCCCCGGCCAGUACCCUCAAGAAUACCUCCAGGCAGUGCAGGCUAGCUCCAUUCUGGCCUGCAUAUUCUCUUCCCUUGGCCUGUUUGUGUUUGUGGGACAGCUCUUCACUCUGUCAAAGGGACAGAGAUUCACCUUCUCUGGCAUCUUCCAGCUCCUAGCCUGCCUGUGCAUCAUGAUCGCUGCCUCCAUCUACACAGACAUCUUUCACAAGAAUGAAUCGGAUGGUUGGUAUGGCCACUCCUUCAUUCUGGCCUGGAUCUCCUUUGCGUUCACCUUCAUCUCCAGUAUAAUCUACUUUGUCCUGCGAAAGAAGACAGCAAACUAGAAGCAGAAGACUAGCCCAAGGGACAGGCUCAAUAUCUUACGAUCUGAUCGUUUUUUGUACAAUUAGGUAUGGAUAUGAGUGUGGGAUACAAAAGGGGAGAGUUGUUAUCCACAGAUUUUCAUCCAUGUAUCUUUGGUUCCCACUGAAGUGUGUCUAAACAUAUGGAUUUACAUCGUUAUAACCUACCUGUCCUGCCCACAUAGUAAUAACCUACCUGUCCUGCCAACAUAGUAAUAACCUACCUGUCCUGCCCACAUAGUAAUAACCUACCUGUCCUGCCCACAUAGUAAUAACCUACCUGUCCUGCCCACAUAGUAAUAACCUACCUGUCCUGCCCACAUAGUAAUAACUUACCUGUCCUGCCCACAUAGUAAUAACCUACCUGUCCUGCCCACAUAGUAAUAACUUACCUGUCCUGCCCACAUAGUAAUAACUUACCUGUCCUGCCCACAUGGUAAUAACUUACCUGUCCUGCCCACAUAGUUAUAACCUACCUGUCCUGCCCACAUAGUUAUAACCUACCUGUCCUGCCCACAUAGUUUUAACCUACCUGUCCUGCCCACAUAGUAAUAACCUACCUGUCCUGCCCACAUAGUAAUAACCUACCUGUCCUGCCCACAUAUUACCAAGUCCAUGUUUAGUUUUCAAUAUAAAGUGGGACAACAUUUUCAAAGUUAAUGAAACUUUUACAGCCCUCAUAUAUUCGUUGGAGGUAUAGGGGAGUCAGAGAGUUUUGACCGACAGUAUCUCAUUAUUUCAGAAUCAUAGUCCUGAACUAUUCUUGCUUACAUUUGAUUUAUUUCUCAAUUAGGCUCAGAAUAAAACAAGGCCAAAACACUCAAAACCAAAUAGAAGGAUGAAUUGACUAGUGUCGCAAACAGAAUCCAAUUUCGGAAACUGUCAACGAUCAUUACCCCGUUUGACUUACAGCCCUACUGUAGUGUGCUGAAUAAGACAAAGAAUAUAAUGUAUUUGCCAAUGUCCAUACAUGGAAUGGAAUAUUAGUACUAACCUCACUGCUAACUGGACCCUCCCCUUUUUAGUUAUGUAAUUAUCUUAUGCUUUGUACUGUGAGUCUUAUUGUGUAGGUUAACUUCCGUUUGUCUGAAUCAACCUAUCCCCCAGACACACCCAUGGACUGACAGACAGACAGACGGAUUGAUCUUGAGUGCCUUGAAAUCUGACAGAGCCAAUUUGCUCGCUGCACAUUGAGAUAUGUGUAAAUAUGAACAUGUUUGGUUUCACAUUAUGCUUUGUAUGUCUAAUGCAAUUUUAUUUUUGUUACUAUUUCUUAUCAGUAUGAUAAUGAUAAUUUGUAUUAAAACCUGAUUUAAAUCACA